CAAAAGUACGCCGGCAGCACACAUGAGCAAGAUCCGGGUCGUGGUGCGCGUGCGGCCACCAUUGCCGUCUGAAAAAGGACACGCGACGGGGGCGUUGGUGGCCGACGCUGCCGCAAAGACCGUUCGAGUCGCGUCCGACUCAUCCAAAUCGUUUGCGUUUGACCAAGUGUUUGCCGCGUCGGCGUCUCAAUACGAGAUCUUCCAAGGCGGGGGCAUUUCGUCCAUGCUCCUUAGUGUCUUGGAUGGAUUCCACGCCACCAUCUUUGCAUACGGCCAAACAGGGUCUGGCAAGACAUUUACCAUGGAAGGCUACGAAUACGAGAAGAACCCCAUGCGAUACAGUCCCGAUCGCGUCCAAGCCAAGCCCAACAUCGACGUGUGUUCGACGAGGCUAGGAAUUGUACCGCGAGUGAUCUUGGGUUUAUUCGACGCCAUAGCCGCCGCUACGCUGGACAAGAAGCGAGAGUACAGCGUCAAGUGCUCGUUUGUCCAAAUUUAUAACGAACAGAUCUUGGACCUCCUCAAUUUCUCCACAUCUCAGCGAACGAAGCCCCUGCGGCUGCGGUGGGCGUCCACCCAGGAGUUUUACGUCGAGAACCUCGUCGUGGCUGCGUGUAGCUCGGCCGACGAGAUGCUCGGACGGUUCCAAGACGGCGUCAAGCAAAAGAUCAUGGCUACGCACAACUUGAACGCGGCGUCUUCGAGAUCCCACUGCAUCUACACGCUGUACGUGGAAAGCGUGGACCCAACUAACCCCGACGACGUGACCAAAGCCAAACUGUCCCUUGUGGACUUGGCGGGCUCGGAACGGGUGGUCAAGACGGGGGCUACGGGAGUAACGUUGCAAGAAUCAAUUGGGAUCAACAAGUCGCUGUUUGUGCUGCGUCAGGUGAUUCAAACGCUCAGCAGCAGCGACGACGGGUCGGCUACAAAUAAAGGUGUCCAUGUACCGUACCGAGACUCGAAAUUGACUGCGCUGCUUAAGCACAGUCUUGGCGGCAACAGCAUCACACUCAUGAUCGCAUGUCUGUCGCCCAGCGAUGCGUACGUCGAUGAAAACUUGAGUACGCUCGUGUACGCAGCCAAGGCGCAAUCCAUCUCGAACAAACCAGUCAAGAACGAAGACCCGAAAGCUCAGCUGAUCCAGAAACUAAGGGACGAAGUGGCGACGUUAAAAGCCCAGCUGGCCCAGGCGCAACAAGUGAUUUUGCACCUGGGGCAACUUGGCGACCAGAACGACAACGUGGAAGCUACUGGUGCAAUCUCGUUGUUGGCAGAUGUUACCCCUUCCGCGGACGAAGUUCCCCCUGUUAUGAAACCCGUGAUGGCCCACACUAGGCCAGCUAGCUCACUGGCAAGUCCAAGCCCCAGCAACAACCCAGCGACCCCAUCGGUUCAAGCGUCUCCACCCGCGGCGGUCACCUCCGUGGUCGUGAGCUCUGCCGGCACCAAACGACUCAAGCAGAACGUGAUUGACAAUGUCGAGCUGAUCAAAACCAUGUAUCAGAACGAGCGGCAACUGCGAAGCGAAGUGGACUUCGUGACGUCGGAAGUUAGUACCGUGCGGAUGGAAAACCGGACCCUCAACUUGGAGAACCAGUCGCUCCGUGAGCGCAUCGAAGUGCUCGAGUACUUGGUCGUGGGUGGAGCUAAGGGCCCCGAAGACAAUGGGGACGUAGAGGGCGUUGUGGAGCUGGUGGCCCCGCCCCAACAUCGUAUCGACCAAGUCUUGCGAAGUUGCGUCAAGUCCAGCCGAUCCCAGGGAGCUCUACGACCUGCCACAACGCAUGAUGCUGAGGCCCCGAGGAACAAUGCACCGGACAUGAAGAAGCGCGAGACUGGCAUGCUCUCCGUGCGAAAGCGACUGCUGUCUACAUCACCUGACCUUAAUCCGUAGAUCAGUGAGCUUCGACAUCUCCUGCAUAAAAAAGUUGAUGACAAGGGAAGUAAGAAGCGAAGCAGUGCGAAGGUAGCUCCACCGCCGCCGGUUCCAUCCCAUGGUGGUCGAUCUGUCGCAGUGGAGCAUCCUGUGGUGGCCCUGUUGUCCACGUUGGAGCCUCAAGGGAACAACUCCGCCUUAGAGCAAGACUCCCUGCAGUCGCUCUCGGAGCUGAAUCGGCUGCUCAAGGUCAAAGCCGCGUUGAAGCACAGUACCAGUUCGCGCUAAAAUAUCACAACAUCAACGGAUUUGCCAAAAUAAUGACAACAAAACCCCAAUAUUUGGGAGAUUUCGCUAAAUAGUUGUGGUUGCAGGUUGCCACAAUGACAAACUGACCAAUAAACGCUCGGUAAUUUAUCCGGAUACGGAUAC